AAAAUGUCAAAUGAAACAGGAGUACAAAAGAAAAAACAUAAAUAUAUUGACUCUGAAGAAGAAGAGUAAUAAUAAUAAUAAUAAUAACCUGUAUAAUAAUAAUAACAGUAAUCACCAAUUGCCUAAACAAUUACAGUUGAUUAUAAAACAUGGAAAUUCUUAUUUGAACCUGAUUCCUCUGAGUAGUAGGAAGGUAUUAAUUUGAAAUGUAUAAUUCAAUUAAGAAAAGAAGCCUAAGAAAAUUCCCAAUCCAUAAAUCACCAAAUAAAAACAGCCUGAAUAAAGAGUUAAACAGAUAAAAUCUAAUCCUGAUACAGAUGAUUUGAGAUAUGAAAUUUUAUGUAGGUGGUGGUAUUGCUUUGAUCAAUGGCCACCUUCAGAUUUUGACUAUGAAGAAGCCUUGUCUAAAUAUAAAUUGAGAAAAGUCGAUUUAUCUGUUUUUAAAAGAGAAUCUGAAAUUAAUGAAAUAGGAUUCAGAAAGGUUUAUGAAGUGAAUGGAUACAAAGGGGUAUUUAGAACUUCUGCUGUACAUAUACCAAAUUUAUCGAUAGGGUGAUACUUUAGAUCUCAGACCAAGGGAUGGUUGUCCAUCUUAUGAGUAAAUUUCAAAAAUUAAUUCAAAAAAUUUACCUAAAAUCUUAAUUAAAGGCUUAAAAGCUUAAUUAGAAGAUUUAAUUAAGUAUGAACCUAACAAUAAAUUAUUAAAAAAGAGUAUAGAAAAUUAACUAGAAUAAAUAUAAAAACAAUAUCGAAAAUAAAUGGAUUCAUAAUUUUGA